CGGCCGCAUGUGAAGGCAGCGACUCUGGAAACAUGAAUUCAAGCAACACCAGCUGUUCAGAGGGAACAGAGUUCAAGCUUGUCCAAGUGAAUGGAACGUGGACUCGUCGCACUGGACAGUGCCAAGACAAGGAGGGAAAACUUUCAGAUGCUAAAAUCUAUGAGAACAAAUCGGACCAAGGAGUUUCCUGGACGGUGGUGAGCCCCAUUGUUUUCACCUACAGAGUCAUUCAGUGUAAAAACCUCCUGGACCCCAGGAAUGACACUUUGCUCUGGGGACACACAGAAGACGGAGAACUUAAAGGCACCACGAGUCACUGCAAACCUGUGAAACGCUUUAUUGUCAUUGAUAAAACUGUGCAUGAACUGUACGGCUCCAAGGUCUCCCAGUACUUUGACGCCAAAGGAGUCAUUCACAAGAUUCUCCCUCUGCCCACCACUGAGGAGAGGAAGAACAUGGAGCUAGUGACCAAGAUCCUGGAGGAAGUUCACCAGUUUGGGAUCGACAGACGCUCGGAGCCAAUCAUCGCGCUCGGAGGAGGAGUCUGUUUGGACGUCGUUGGCCUCGCAGCGUCGCUCUACCGACGAAGGACGCCGUACAUCAGGGUGCCGACGACUCUGCUGUCGUACAUUGAUGCCAGCGUCGGGGCAAAAACUGGGGUCAACUUUGGUGGGGGGAAAAACAAGCUGGGAAGCUACGUUCCACCAGUGGCGACAUUUUUAGACAGCUCAUUCUUCCAAACUCUGCCUCUGCGGCAGAUCUCCAACGGACUUGCGGAGAUGCUGAAGAUGGCCCUGAUGAAGCACCGUGGCCUGUUUGAGCUGCUCGAGGUGAACGGCAGAAAAAUGCUGCAUGCCAAGCUGCAGCCCUCUGAGGCCUGCGGUGGCUCCGAACAGGGAGACGGUGCUGCAGCGUCCAUGCGCAUCGCCAUAGAAACGAUGCUGGAGGAACUGGCUCCAAAUUUGUGGGAGGAUGAUCUGGAUCGGCUGGUUGAUUUUGGCCACAUUAUCAGCCCCGAGCUAGAAAUGAGGGUUUUGCCAGCGCUGCUUCAUGGGGAGGCAGUCAGCAUUGAUAUGUCCUUCAUGGUGUAUGUGGCUCAUCAAAAGGGGCUUCUGACGACACAGGAGAAGAGCCGCAUUAUUCAGUGUAUGCUGGGUCUGGAGCUACCUGUGUGGCACCAGGACUGCUCCCUGGUCCUGGUGCAGAAAUCUUUCAGGGAGCGUCUGAGGCACUCAGCUGGCUCCCUCAGGAUGCCUCUGCCAACGGGCCUUGGAAGAGCAGAAAUCUUCCAUGACAUGAUAGAAGACAAUGUCAUAUGUCAAGCCUUUCAGAAGUGGACUGAAGAACUUUCUACCUUUGAUAGUAACCAGAUAAACUAAUAUUAAUAAAACAAACAAAAUCAGCAGUGCUAACUGCAAUUCCA